AUGGCGGUUUUCGCCAAAACCAGACGAGUCACUGUCUCGCUAGGCGACGAGGCCAAGGCGCGAAUCUUCUCCAGCAGCGGCGAAAUUUUCGACGGAGAUUCUCCUUGUCUUUCCGACCUAGUUCACGAUUUUCUCGAGGACGGAACUGACACAGAGCGGAUCAACUCGGAAUCCGACUCGGACCGGUCUGACUCCGCGGCGGAGUAUUCCACAGCUGCCAGCGACGAGGUCGUGAAUAUCCGCGACUCUGAUUCUGAUCGUUACCGGAAUCUGUUGUUCGCUCACGUGUUGAGAGCUGUGGAGGCGUAUUCCGACCUCAGAUCAGAACAGAGAUCCGUUUUCCAGCAGAAGAUAACGGCGUUUCUGCGGGAGCUCGGCCACGACGCGGCCGUUUGCAAGUCCCGAUGGAGGUCCUCCGCCACCGGACUUCCGUCCGGAAGCCACGAGUUCAUCGACGUCGUUCACCAUCCGACACCGGGAGCUCCGGCGAUCCGUUACUUCGUCGACACAGAAUUCGACUCCAAUUUCGAAAUCGCGAGGCCGACGCGCCAAUACGCGCGCGUGGUGCAAUCGCUGCCAGGUAUUUUCGUGGGGAAGGAGGACAAGCUGAGGAGGAUGGUGAGAGUGGCUUGCGAGGCGGCGAAGGGGUCGCUGAAGAGUCGCGGCUUGUCGAUGCCGCCAUGGCGGAGGAGGAGUUACUUGGAGAAGAAGUGGUUCGGCCCUUAUAAACGGACCACCGGCUCAACCUUAACGGCGUCAGUGCCGACGUUGAUAUCCUCCGUUAGUUGCCGUUCGGUUGGGUUCGACGACAAUGUUAACGGCCGUUUGUUCGUUAUAACCUGA